GAACAGUAUCUCGCUCCAGCUUUGAUCAUACUUCCACAAGGCCCAUACAUCACCGUCAUCAUGGUCAAGACCGCCCUUCUCCCUCUCGCUCUCCUUGCUGCACUGGCUCCUUUUGCCGCCGCAAGGAACUGCAAGACUGGGCUUAACUAUUGUGGAUGGAACCUCCUUAACAUUGGCAAGUACGGGGCCCAGGUCAAUGGCGCCCUCGAUGCUGCCCACCAGCCCACCGACGAUGCCCAUAUUCGUGAAUCCCUCUUCCACUGCAACGGUGGCGAUAAUGGCGACAUCUCUUUUAUCACAUACUGCGGUGGCGGCUGCAAGGAUGGCGGCAAGGACCGCAGCGACUACUGCUAGAGAUUUCGCUGUGGAUAGGUACCUGACUCCUAACUGGUGGUGCGAUAUGGAUG